AUGGCUAAAGGACGAAGACAUCUUUGGAUUGUAAGGAACGAGAUUUAUAAACCACCUCGAAACGUUAAAAAGAAAAUUACUGAAACUCAAUGUCAUAAAUGCCUCGAAAAUGAUGAUAUGAUUGAAAUAAUAGAGAAAAAUAUUGCGAGUCUUGAAAAGACUGUUAAUAAAUUGUCUUCUACUGAACUAACUACAGUUUUAUAA